AUGUCACUACCGCUACGACACGCUUUGGAGAACGUCACCUCUGUUGAUAGAAUUUUGGAGGACUUGUUAGUUCGUUUUAUAAUAAAUUGUCCGAAUGAAGAUUUGUCAAGUGUCGAGAGAGAACUGUUCCAUUUCGAAGAAGCCUCAUGGUUUUACACGGAUUUCAUCAAACUGAUGAACCCAACCUUACCGUCUUUGAAGAUUAAAUCAUUUGCUCAAUUAAUCAUAAAGUUGUGCCCUUUAAUUUGGAAAUGGGAUAUAAGAGUAGACGAAGCGCUUCAGCAAUUCUCUAAGUACAAAAAGAGUAUUCCAGUGAGAGGUGCUGCUCUAUUCAAUGAGAAUUUGAGUAAAAUAUUACUGGUGCAAGGUACAGAAUCGGAUUCGUGGUCAUUUCCAAGAGGUAAGAUUUCUAAAGACGAAAAUGAUAUAGAUUGUUGUAUUAGGGAAGUCAAGGAGGAGAUAGGCUUUGACUUGACAGAUUAUAUUGAUGAGAAUCAGUUCAUUGAAAGGAAUAUUCAAGGGAAGAAUUACAAAAUAUUUUUGAUAUCCGGGGUCUCAGAAAUCUUCAACUUUAAACCACAAGUAAGGAAUGAGAUUGAUAAGAUUGAAUGGUUCGAUUUCAAAAAAAUCUCUAAGACAUUGUACAAAUCCAAUGUUAAGUAUUAUCUUAUCAAUUCUAUGAUGAGACCUUUAUCAAUGUGGCUAAGACACCAAAGACAAAUAAAGAAUGAAGACCAAUUGAAGUCUUAUGCAGAGGAACAAUUGAAACUAUUACUAGGCAUUACAAAAGAGGAGCAGAUUGACCCCGGCAGAGAAUUAUUGAACAUGCUACAUACUGCUGUACAAGCAAACAGCAACAAUAUCAUAACCUCCAACGAACAGGUGCCCUCGAAUCAACAAGGAGAACAAGAAAAACAAGAAGAACAAUUUCAACAAGAACAGGAGAAACAACAGUUACCACCACCGCCACCACCACUGCAACAACAACAACAAUCAGUCUUUCCUUCUCUCUCAGAACCAUUUGCAGGCGCCAACAAUGUUAUACCACCUGCAAUGCCUAUGGUGAAUUCAUUCAUGUCAAAUCCUCAGCUGUUUGCUUCAAUGAAUGGUCAACCGUUUGCACCUUUCCCAUUCAUGUUACCAAUAAACAACAGCACCAACAACAACGGUGGUCACAACACUCUUCCAACGCAGAUACCUCCUAACUUCAAUGCCCCUCCAAAUCCAAUGGCAUUUGGUGUUCCAAACAUGCACAAUUUUUCAAGACCAACUUUAUCCCAACCUUUUUCCCUACCCCCUGCUCCACCAUUACAUCACAAUAUUUUGCCCACUAAUUCUGUUGAAAAUAGUUCUUCUUCAAGACAAUUAUUGAACUUAUUAAACUCAAAAAAGUCUGAAGAAAAUGAACAGAUUAGCGAAAAGCCAAAAUUAAAAAUUUUGCAGAGAGGAACUGAUUUGAAUUCAACCAACCAAAACGUUCCUCAUGAUUCUGCCAACUCAAAUUCUCAAGCUUUAUUAAAUUUGUUGAGAAAGCCGGCACCAUCUCAAGAAUCCCAUUCUUCCACUGUAGAUACUUCGUCACUAUCAAAUGACUCUUAUUCUGAUACACAACAAGAGGAUUAUGAAGAUUUUGAAAGCAGUUCAGAUGAAGACAUGGAGCCAAUCAAAGAAAGAAGAAACUCGUCAAAUGAAGAAGUCAAAGUCAACAUUAUACCAAGCGAAAAAGACGGCCAAAGAAGGCCAAAGAAAGAACAAAGAACAGAAACCAAAAAAUUCAAAUCAGGCGACUCAACGGAAUCCGACAUCAUGGAAUGGAGACCUACGAAGUCUUUAGUUUCUUCGCAAAGUAAACAAAACUCAUUAGUAAGAGCUCCUAAUAAAGAGACCAGUUCAUAUCGUCAAGAAAUGCACAUCAACAAUAACAGUGCGUAUGAAGCUUUCGAAAGCAGUUCUGACGGAGAAGACGAGAAGAAAUUAAAAGAAUUGGAACAAAAGCAAGACAGUUCUAAAGGAAUAAGCCAAGAAAUAUUGAAAGAGAAUAACUUUCAGGAUGGCGAAGUUCCUCACAAAAAUAUGACAACCGACAGUAACAAAUCUAUCAAUGAAACAGCCAGGUUUUCAUCAGCUACAAGUACUAUAAAAAAGACACCUAAGGUGAAAUUACUAAAACGUGGUGAAACAAUCCCCACUUUAGCAAAUGAAAACAAAACACUUGGAUCAAACUCGAACCAGUCUUCGUCAAAAGAUUUAUUGCAAAUGCUAAGAAAUCCAAUAUCUUCCACUGUAUCUUCAAAUCAACAAUCACCUAAGUCACAACAACUAGAUGGGGAUGAAGAAAUCAUGAUGAUGCUGAAGAGAAAUUCCGUGUCUGAACAUCAAAACAAUGAAGAAUCUCCAUCAAAAUUGCCAAAAAAAAAUGAAGCAAACGCAGCUGAAUUACUAGGAAUGUUAAGUCAAAAGGACGCUGCAUCUCCAAAACAACCUGGUAGUAUUGACGCGAACAUGGAAGGUAAUUCAGCAAAAGGACUGUUGAGUAUGCUGGGAAAAGGUAACGUUUCAAAGCCACCUCCGACUACCGAUACCCCAUCAAAUGAAUUGUUCAACUUGUUGAAGCAAAACGAAAUUACUGAAAACCAAGAAUCUAAUAAUAACUCGUCUGAAUUACUAAGUUACUUGAAACCUAAUCCACUCGAAAAUAGAUAUUCAAAAGUCUCAAGCGAAGACAACUCCCACGAAUUACUAAACAUUUUGCAUGGUAAUAAAAGUAACAACACCUUCAAUAAUAGUAUAUACACCACGCCAACAGCCACUUCUACGGCCGCUGCAACCGGAUUCCCCCUAAUGUCUGCUAGUCAAGGAAAUUCUUCAAACGAAUUACUAAGUAUGUUACAAAACAGACCAACAGCUACAAAUGCACAAACGUUUGACAUACGUUCCAAUGGGAACAUGGAAUCUAACGAAUUAUUGAAUAUCUUGCAUAGGAAAUGA